AUGAAGGGCACGUCUAAUGAGUUGUGGUUACUAUACACUGAUGGGGCAUCAAAUGAGGACGGCGCAGGAGCAGGGUUGCGCCUCGUGAGCCCCGAGAAGCAUGAAUUUACAUACGCCAUCAAGUUGGAUUUCAAGAACACCAACAAUGAGGCGGAAUAUGAGGCAUUCCUGGCAGGCUUACGUCUCGCCAUAAAAAUGGGGGCUCAAAAUCUACAAGCACAUGUCGACUCACUUUUGAUCGCCAGUCAAAUCAACGGAAUCUAUGAUGCAAAAGGCGAAGUUAUGGCCUUAUAUUUGGAUCAGGCGAAAGAGUUGCUUCAGCAAUUCAAAUCAUACAAGGUAGUUCACAUCAAUCGUUCCGAAAACAAACCAGCAGACGCCUUGAGCAAGCUCGCUUCAAAUUCCUUUCAACAUCUCGCCAAAGAUGUAAGGAUUGAAGUACUCAAAAAUCCAUCAGUCCUGCUACGCCAGGUAAACGUGAUUGAAAUAAGGCAGCCAUCUUGGAUGACCCCUAUAAUUCAAUAUCUGCAAGAAGGAAUACUCCCGGAGAGCAAAGCAGAGGCAAGGAAGAUUCAAAACAAGGCCCUGCAUUAUGAGAUGAAUGGUGGUAUUCUAUACCGAAAAUCCUUCUUGGGGCCCCUAUUGCGCUGUGUAGACCCCCAAGACGCGAAUUACCUGAUCAGAGAGAUUCAUGAAGGAAUCUGUGGCAUCCAUGCAGGCCCGCGCAUGGUUGUCGCGAAGAUUAUGAAUGCUGGAUAUUACUGGCCAGGGAUGCAUGUCGAUGCUCUAAGGGAGUUGCGCAAAUGUGACUCAUGCCAAAGACACUCCCCGAAAACCCUGCGCCCGAAAAACGAUCUCAUUCCUGUAUCCACUGCUUGGCCUUUCCAACAGUGGGGAAUUGAUAUGGUGGGACCUUUCCCUGAUGCUCCGGGAGCCGUGAAGUUUGGUCUCCCACUCAAAAUCGUCACAAACAACAGUACCAAUUUUGCUUCCGAGGAUCUUCAAAAUUGGAUGAAGGAAAUGAAGAUUGAGCAUACUUUCUCCUCCAUUGCACAUCCUCAAGGCAAUGGUCAGGUGGAAAGUGUCAACAAAAGUAUCGUCGAGUGGAUAAAAGCCCGUCUGGGCACAAAGAGAAGAGGCUGGGUAGAUGAGUUCCCAAGCAUCCUGUGGGCUCAUCGAACCAUGCCGAAAACAAGCACUGGCGAAACUCCUUUCAGCCUAGUCUAUGGCUCGGAGGCAGUUAUCCCAGCUGAAAUCGGCCUGCCCUCGCCACGUUUGACAGCAAUCAAUACUAUCGAAAACGAGGCAGAGCGUCGUCUUGACUUGGAUUUGCUAGAAGAGAGGCGAGAAAUUGCGCGAAUUAAAGAAGUCAAGUACAAGACACAACUGGAAAGGUACUACAAUGCGAGAGUUCGCAUUUGUACCUUCACUCCAGGAGAAUAUGUCUUCCGAGACGAUGAAGCUUCAAACGCCGAGCGCCCAGGGAAGCUAGCACCCAAAUGGGAAGGCCCGUACUUAAUACAUGAAGUGCUAGGGAAAGGGGCAUACAAAUUGCGCACUCUGGAUGGAUACAUCAUCCCGCGCACGUGGAAUGCGCAACAACUGCGCAAGUGCUACAUGUAA